AUAAAACCGAGGUUUGCGCCGUUGUGCUCGCAUAUACUGAACGACAGAGUCAUUCAUUGAGAGCUGUAGCCUACCUCCGAAAAGAAAAAUGAGGGAAAUUGUCCAUCUUCAAGCCGGCCAGUGCGGAAACCAGAUUGGUGCUAAGUUUUGGGAGGUGAUCAGUGAUGAGCACGGCAUUGACCCAACUGGUACAUACCAUGGAGAUAGUGACCUGCAGCUGGACAGGAUUAAUGUCUACUACAAUGAAGCCUCAGGUGGUAAAUAUGUGCCCCGUGCUGUGCUGGUCGAUCUGGAGCCAGGCACCAUGGACUCUGUGAGGUCUGGACCUUUCGGUCAAGUCUUCAGACCCGAUAACUUUGUCUUUGGCCAGAGUGGUGCUGGAAACAACUGGGCUAAGGGUCAUUACACAGAGGGUGCAGAGCUGGUGGACUCUGUCCUGGAUGUGGUUAGGAAGGAAGCAGAGAGCUGUGACUGCCUUCAGGGCUUCCAGCUCACACACUCCCUGGGUGGUGGUACCGGCUCUGGUAUGGGCACCCUUCUCAUCAGCAAGAUCCGUGAAGAGUACCCCGACCGCAUAAUGAACACCUUCAGUGUGGUGCCUUCCCCCAAAGUAUCAGACACAGUUGUUGAGCCCUACAAUGCCACACUAUCGGUCCACCAGCUUGUAGAAAACACAGACGAAACCUACUGCAUCGACAAUGAGGCCCUGUAUGACAUCUGUUUCCGCACCCUCAAACUCACAACCCCCUCAUAUGGAGACCUCAACCACUUGGUCUCUGCCACAAUGAGCGGUGUCACCACCUGCUUGAGGUUCCCUGGUCAGCUCAACGCUGACUUGCGUAAGCUUGCUGUUAACAUGGUGCCAUUCCCCCGUCUGCACUUCUUUAUGCCAGGCUUUGCUCCCCUCACAAGCAGAGGCAGUCAGCAGUACAGAUCCCUCACUGUACCAGAGCUCACCCAACAGAUGUUUGACGCCAAGAACAUGAUGGCUGCCUGUGACCCACGUCAUGGCCGCUACCUGACCGUCGCUGCCAUCUUCCGUGGUCGUAUGUCAAUGAAGGAGGUGGAUGAACAAAUGCUGAACGUGCAGAACAAGAACAGCAGCUACUUCGUUGAAUGGAUCCCCAACAACGUUAAGACCGCCGUCUGCGACAUUCCUCCCCGUGGCCUCAAGAUGGCUGCCACUUUCAUCGGCAACAGCACCGCUAUCCAGGAGCUCUUCAAGCGCAUCUCUGAGCAGUUCACUGCUAUGUUCAGGCGCAAAGCUUUCCUCCACUGGUACACCGGUGAGGGUAUGGAUGAGAUGGAGUUUACUGAGGCAGAGAGCAACAUGAAUGACCUGGUAUCUGAGUACCAGCAGUACCAGGAUGCCACUGCUGAGGAGGAGGGAGAGUUUGAGGAGGAGGGUGAGGAGGAGCUGGCCUAAAUGCAUCCCCCUUUAAGCUCUGCUGUCAAAUUGUUGCAGUGAAAUGUAAUGUUCCAAGUCCUUUCCAGUUUUCAGUGUUUGUCUGCUGUUCGUGUUAAUAAAAAUUCUUCUGCAUAUAUGAA